AUGCAGUCUGGCAGGUACGACUGGACGGGCAGCACGUGGAAUGGGCCGUCAGCCAAUUUCACUCCGCAAAAUGCCGCGAUCAUCGGAAACGUCGCCGUGGAGGGCAAUUACAUUCUGACGGUCAUGACUACGACUGAUGGACUGCCCACCAAGCUGGCAUAUGUUCACGAGUACAACGCCGGCACAUGGGAGGAGGUCUAUAGCCAAGUGCUUGGCGAUCCGAACGUAUCCAGCAACGACAUCCAGGAUGCAGAUAUCACCAGCACUGGCAAGGCAGUAGCAGCUGUUGUCACCAGCGAUAAUCGACGAAUCCUGAACUUCUUCGAGAAAGGCCUUGAUAACCUUUGGGGUCCAACACAGACAUUGGUCGUCAACAACGCCAGGCCCGACUCUGCGGUGAGCAUCUCCGAGACAGCCGCUGUAUCCACUGGCUUUCAGGCUCCAAUCCCAUUCCGCGAUGUUAACAUCACCGCCACCGGCAUGAUCCUUGGUUGCAAUACAACCGGAACAACGACGACGGUGCCUCCUUACGGGUACUCGUACUACUCACGGUAUUCUCGGCACUUCCGACGUGCACGCUGCCCAAAGUGGUGUGCUGCAAAGCCGUGGUGGUACUGGAGAUGCAGGCACUGUGGAUUUUAG